AUGGACCCAUACGGCAGAGCGAGCAGCACAGCCGCCUCCCUGCCUUGCACAAGCUGCGGGGGCUGCUGCUCCCCUCCUCCCCCUUGCCUCAUCCCUCCUGGACCUCCUUCCUCCAUGCCCCCCAAUAUGACCCCCCCUCCCCCAAUGUAUCCCGCCCCUGCUGUGCAGGUGGAGAACGGUAGCAGUUGGAACUCCUCCACCAUCUCCUCCUCUGGCUCGGCAGACUCCCACCAUUGCCAUCACGGUGCUCCCUCAAACCCCAACCCUUACUGGACAGCAGUGUUUGACUACGAGGCUACGGCAGAUGAAGAGCUGACACUGCGGCGUGGGGACCUUCUUGAGGUCCUGUCCAAAGACUCCAAAGUGUCUGGGGAUGAGGGUUGGUGGACGGGCAAGAUCAAGGACAAGGUGGGCAUCUUCCCCAGUAACUAUGUCACGAGAAGGGAUGCUGCCAACUACUCACAGCUUACUAAAGGAGGUUUGGUGCCAGGCAGGGUUGGGGUGGGUGAGUCCCCCUUGGAGAUCGACUUCACAGAACUGCUCCUGGAGGAGGUAAUUGGAGCAGGUGGGUUUGGAAAGGUUUAUAAGGGAGUGUGGCGGGGAGAGGAGGUGGCGGUGAAGGCUGCCAGGCAAGACCCGGAUGAGGACAUUAGUGCCACAGCGGAAAGCGUGCGGCAGGAGGCCAGGCUCUUCUGGAUGCUACGGCAUCCCAACAUAAUCGCCCUGCGGGGGGUCUGCCUACGGGAGCCUAACCUAUGCUUGGUGAUGGAGUACGCCAGAGGGGGCGCUCUGAACAGGGCCCUUGCUGGGAAGAAGGUUCCCCCGAGAGUUCUAGUGAACUGGGCCGUCCAGAUAGCCACGGGGAUGGACUACCUGCACAACCAGACGUUUGUACCUGUGAUACACAGAGAUCUCAAGUCCAGUAACAUCCUUAUCCUGGAGCCAGUGGAAUGGGAUGACCUGAGUGGGAAGACCCUGAAGAUCACAGACUUCGGCCUGGCCAGGGAGUGGCACCAGACCACGAAGAUGAGUGCGGCGGGGACCUACGCCUGGAUGGCACCGGAGGUCAUCAAACUCUCCCUGUUCUCAAAGAGCAGCGAUGUCUGGAGUUUUGGUGUGCUACUGUGGGAGCUGCUGACGGGGGAGGUGCCUUACCGGGAGAUAGACGCCUUGGCGGUAGCUUACGGUGUGGCCAUGAACAAGCUGACCUUACCCAUCCCUUCCACCUGCCCAGAACCCUUCGCUCAACUACUGGGAGAGUGCUGGAGCCCAAACCCCCACAGUAGGCCCUCCUUCACCUGCAUCCUAACACGGCUGCUGGCUAUCGAGCAAUCGGCCAUGUUUCAGAUGCCCCUCGAAUCCUUUCACUCCUUACAAGAGGACUGGAGAGUGGAGAUCCAGCAGAUGUUUGAUGAGCUCAGAGCCAAGGAGAAGGAACUGAGGUCCUGGGAGGAGGCGUUGGCCAGAGCGGCGGAGGAGCAGAGGGAGCAGGAGGAGCAGCUGAGGAGGAGAGAGCAGGAGCUAGCGGAGAGGGAGAUAGACAUCGUGGAGCGAGAGCUCAACAUCAUCAUCCACCAGAUGUACCAGGAGAAACCCCGAGUCAAGAGGAGAAAGGGCCACUUCAAGAAGAGCCGAUUACUCAAACUGGGCCGAGACAGCAACUGCAUCAGUCUGCCCUCUGGCUUUGAGCACAAGAUCACAGUGCAGGCGUCCCCCAGUUUGGACAAGAGGAAAACACAGGGGAGCGAGAGCGCCAGCCCCCCUGCAAGCCCCGGGGUCAUACCCCGGCUAAGGGCCAUAAGACUGACCCCCAGCGAUGGCAGUAAGACAUGGGGCCGCAGCGCUGUGUGUAAGAAGGAGGAAUUGUCCACCAACAAGAAAAAGGGACGCACGUGGGGGCCCAGCUCCACCCACCAGAGAGAGAGGGUGGGCGGGGAAGACAAGCUGAAGUCGCUAGGUGAGGGGUGUAAGGUGUGGUCAUCCAGUGCCCCCAACCUAGGCAAGUCCCCUAAACAUGCACCCAUGACUGCUGGCUUCUCCAGCCUCAAUGAAAUGGAGGAGUGCUGUGAAUUUGAGGAGUCCCCCGGCUCCCUAAUGCCCUCGGAGCCCUGCAGUAAUGGAGCUGUGGAUGAUACAGGUUCACUGUGGGGCAGCCUGGGGCCUGGAGUAGUUCAUGGAUCUAAUAUAGGCUCCUCUGUGCCACCUGGAGGUCAGGGAACAGGGAUGGGCUGCCAGGACUCCCUCCGUCGCUGCAGCCAGAGGAAGAAGAGUGAUCUAUUGCUGUUGGGCUGUGCCUCGAUGCUGGCGUCUGUGGCCUUGGGACAAGACUUACUACAGCAAGGGAAACUGCAGGUAAAGGAGGAAAGAGGGAUGAGCAGUGAAAUGGAUGGAAUUAUGAAAGGAGAAAGGGAAUGGGUGUGUGGGUAG